GCGACCACAAUAAAGAGUAUUUACUACCUGUCUUGUGUUUCCAUGGACUCCAAGCCAUCCAUAGGCUGGCUGCUGACGCUGUUGAUGUCGCUGAUGGCAGCUCAGGCGCAGACUUGCCACAGUGGGCAGCAGGAAGGACGCUACUUGACCCCUGACCCCAGCGACUGCUCGCGCUAUUUCCACUGCAGCGUAGGUGUGAGCACGCCGCAGCUGAUGGCGUGUUCUGUGGGUACCCUGUUUGACGUCACCACCAGUCGUUGCCAGCACGCGCAGUCCGUGGACUGUGGAACACGCCCCCGCCCCCUUCGACAGCCCCGUCCUGUCGUGCGGGCUGACAUCCCUCUCCAAGUGACAGCACCACCGAUCACUGUGUACGAAGUGUCCAUGAUAGGGAGUCUUACUGUCAGUACAAUUGACGUCACUUCCUGUGCAAGCCUCUUGGCGAAUCUGAACACCUUAGUGCAGCGGUGGUGCUCGGCACUCAACGCCCGCUGUUCCACCCCGCAAAUAAAUUGCCAGGUAGCCGUUUCCCCUCUCACUUCUCGUCCUCUACCUGCACUCAGAAGCUUUUGGAAUUAUCAAUAGUAAGCCAGAGGAUGGGCGAGGCCACGACCAACCUUCUGUACCAGCAGUUUCCCGAAGACCAUUGAGUACAAGUACAGAGCAAGCUGACUACAGCAAGGACAGCACUACCUCCCCCUCCAGGAUGUACAGUGCUACAUGACUUGCGAAGCUGAUUGUCGGACGAGAAACAUUAAUCAUAAUUAAAUGCUAGCUUACUGUUGCGUGGACGGUUUCAAAAAAGUAAUAAAAGAGAUUGUUACUGCAA